UACAUCUUGAUGGUGCCCAGAGGGCCCAAGUUGGACUUGAGGACAUCCUGGAGACCCUCACCAGCGGUGAUGUUGACCUUGAGAGCUUCGCCCCGCCUCUGUUAAACACCCAAAUUAGCAUCCCGGUCGUCUGGUUGUAUCAGGCGGAUUCGCGUACCCUGGACUCGGCCUUGGGGUUGAGAAGCUGUGCGGCGGACAUGGUGGCAGACGGACAGCGAGGGAGGUAUCUGACGGUUCGGGGGAUCACAAGAUGUGGAGGUUCGCUGGGCUGAAGCUUGUCGCCAAUCGACAACUUUUUUUUGCAGUGCUUUUAGAUUCCAGGCGGUGGUUUAGGCGGAGCGGCAGGCAGCGACAAGGGGUGAAGGAGCUCGGACCACGGCUCAGGAGAAACACCCCGCCAACAUGCUUAUUGAUAGAUGGGUACCUCUUCUGUCACCAUUCUUCCCAGCAUUCAUAAGUAUCCACUAUCAUAACAUCAUUGGUGGGAACCAUCCAUCUCACUGUUGUCUUCGUCAGGUUGGGGCAUCAACAACUCACCACCGAGAAUCCAUGUUUGCUGGUGACGGCUUCAGGAAUGACUUGUCUGAUUUGGCUUGGAUAAUUCAUUCUUUGUAUUAAUUCUUUAAACACCUGGCGAGAAUCGCAUCAAGCAGCAUCAUGAAGGGGGCACUCAGUCGCGCCUCCACUGUCCUAGCAACAGCGCUCUCGCUAGCUACGGCUCUUCCGUCAUAUGAACCGCCUCAGAAACAGCCAACACAGCAGGUGGCCAUCAUAGGAGCUGGGGCUGCGGGCUCGUCUGCUGCAUAUUACUUACAACAAUAUGCCAAGCAACAUGAGCUUCUCGGAAUUUCCGUCAACAUCACUCUCUUUGAGAGGACGGACCGUAUUGGUGGACGAACUCUGACUAUCAACGCAUACGAUGACCCUUCACAACCAAUCGAACUCGGCGCAAGCAUAUUCAUUGAGAAGAACCAUAUCCUUCACGACGCCCUUCAAAGGUUCAACCUGUCUAAACGGAUUCCAGAUGAAGACUCAGACCCCAAGCUCGGCAUUUGGGAUGGCGAUGAGUUUGUCUUUACGGUCAACGAGCGUGAUUCAUUCUGGUGGACAGCCCUCAAGGUCAUUUACAAGUAUGGAAUCAUGGCACCGAGACGAACUCAGAAGUUGAUGGAAGCUACUAUCGCCAAUUUCUUGAAAUUAUACGAGGAGCCCAAUUUCCCUUUUCGAUCCCUUACCCAACGGGCGUACGAGCUUGGUCUGAUUGAUGUUACCGGGGUUACCGGGGAACAACUAUUGAAGGCCAACAACAUCGAUGAUCGCUAUGCACACGACAUUAUUCAGGCCAGCACCCGAGUAAACUACGCCUCAAACUUGGUCCGAAUCCACGGUCUGGACACCAUGGUCUCAAUGGCGCCUGAGGGUGCCAUGGCUGUCCAAGGUGGUAACUGGCAAAUAUUCUAUAAAAUGGCUGAGGCAUCGGGCGCCAGUCUCUUGAUGAAUUCGUCUGUGGCUUCUAUCGGAUUCUCGUCAGAAACCAAUCACUACUCUGGCAACAAGAAAUACCUUAUCCGCACCAAGUCCGCUACAUCGGAGUCAAAUGGGGAAGAGGAUUACCCCGUUGCCUUUGACAACGUUAUUAUUGCCAAUCCCUACCAGUUCAGCAAGAUCUCAGCAGAGGAGGGCGUCAUUCAACAAACCAUUGACGAGAUCCCCUACGUCCAGCUCCAUGUCACCAUUUUCACGUCGCCUUACCAGUACAGUCCCGCGUUUUUCGGCUUCACCGAGUCAAAGGAUGUCCCAGGCGGUGUUCUCACAACCCUUGCCAAAUCCGAUGGACCAACCUCUGGGGUCAAUGGCGCCGGCAAGGCAGGUUUCUUCAGCGUCACAACCUUGCGCACGACCACAAACCCCGCAACUCAAAAGCGGGAGUUUAUCUACAAGAUCUUCUCACCUGAGAAGGUUAGUCCUGAGUUCCUCAGUCGCCUGUUUGGAGUCGAGGUGCCCGAUUCCUUCACCACAGACCCUGAUGAGGAGGGUUCAGUGAGUCCCAUCACCUGGUAUCAUCCCCAUGUCUUUUACUCGUAUCCUCAAGCCUUGCCACGGGUAACGUUCCAGGACCCUAUCAUCGGUCCGGGCCUGUAUUAUACGUCUGGCAUGGACAGUUUCAUUUCCACGAUGGAAACCAAUGCGCUAAUGGGCAAGAAUGUGGCCGCCUUACUCAUGGACGAUAUUUUGAAAGCGGGCAAGAAUGGCUGCAAAGGGGCGGAGGAGAUGCACGAAAAUACUCUGCUUGAUCAGUUUCGGAGUGGCCCAGGGAGCUCAGAGAAGGACAUGAAGGAUUUGUAGAUAUAUGCGGUGGGUAAAUGACCCUUUGGCACCCGUUGUUUCCACGAGAUGCCACUGUCGAACAAUGUGGGUGUGGCUGGCCACAAAGAAGCCUUUCUUGGACCUCUGUGUCACAUCAAGCCCAGUAUGUGCUGUCAUAUGUCAAGCUAGUGGUUUCUGGCAGGUACAGAGCAUGAUGUGCUUCCUUUGAUGCUGGCAUCCCAUCAUAUCGGGAACAAAAGAAUGGGGCCCUGCAACCGGCCAGUAGGCCUUCAAAGAUCAUUGAAGCCCUGUUAAAACAGAUCCAAGGCCUAUUGACAACUCCUUAAGAAUAUCAAUUCUCUUUGCAGGUAUGUCAACUAUCCUAAUGAAAGAGAUAUGAACUAU